AUGUCGUUAUCACCAGAUUCAACAAAUAUCUCCAUAUAUGGCUAUGUACAAUCCUGGAAAUAUUUUCAUAAAAUUGCAGACGAAAUUCGCAAAGAAUUCACGCUUGUUUUUAUAGAUUUUGGAGUUUUGAUGAGUUGUGAUCACAGUAUUGUGUCAUCCGGAUCGUUUGGAUGGUGGACCGGAUACCUGACCAAAGGUACAACUAUCUAUUUCCGUGGUUAUCCUGGACCUGAAAAAAUGUAUAAAUUCCAUCUGGAUGAUUAUUAUCCGCCUCAUUGGAUAGGUUUAUAUUAG